CAAAGUCAACAUAGAAGCAUCGAUCUCAAUUCUCAGGUAACCGGCUAUUAGUUCAAUUUUCCUGGUAGAGAGAGGGAAAGAGACUGCUGUCCAAUGCCGUGGAGUUCGACUAUGGGAUUCUGAUGUCGACUCCAUCUCACCGCUGCAUAUUGUUCUCUCCAUAUCGUCUGUCUCAACUCCUGCCAACUGCGAAUACUUGCAUGUUUCUCCUUAAUCAAUCGCAGAUUUAUAGAAAGAGCUGCACGAAAUUUUGGAAAAGAUUUGUCGUCACGUCCGUAUGGAUCGCCAAUAAGAUCAGUUUUGUGAACAAACCAUGCUAGCUGCUACAAAAACUUGUCCAAUGACUUGAAAUGUGGUGUCAUUGGUAACGAUGAGUCGAUGACCUAUCACCCUAAUUCCUAGAAAUACGGACUAGAUGGGUUUUAACUGUCCAUUUAACAUGUGAUAAAUUUGGCAAUACUAAUUUAGCACUUAAAAGGCUUUUAUAUGGAUAACAGAAGUGAUAUUCAAACUACAAAAAUCUUUGGUAAUUUGGGCAGUUUCCUGCGAAGAUGCAUUUUUCGUGUUCUUUCCGUCGGCCCCAUUCCCAAUCACAUUGCCUUUAUCAUGGAUGGGAAUCGAAGAUAUGCAAAGAAGCAGAAUAUGAUAGAAGGAACGGGCCACAAGAUUGGGUUCUUGACUCUCAUGUCCGUGCUUAUAUAUUGUUAUGAGCUGGGCGUGAAAUAUGUAACUAUUUAUGCCUUCAGCAUUGAUAAUUUCAAAAGACGUCCGGAAGAAGUGCAAUCUGUUAUGGAGUUGAUGCAGGAAAAAAUUGAGGGGUUAAUCGAAGAAGAGAGCAUAGUGAACCGCUAUGGAGUUAGGGUUUACUUUAUAGGUAAUCUUAGGCUCUUGAGCAAACCUGUCAGGUUGUCAGCCGAGAGGGCUAUGGCAGCCACAGCCAGCAACUCCAAAGCAGUGCUCUCAAUUUGUGUUGCCUAUACUUCCAGUGAUGAAAUAGUGCAUGCUGUUCAAAAAUCUUGUGAAGAAAAAUGGGAUGAAAUCAGAAUACUAGAGACUCUAGAUGCAAGUGGUGCUGGGUCUGGAAAAAUUGGACUUGGAGAGAGUGAAACAGAUCAAGGGCAGCACCUCAUUAAUUUACUAGAUGUGGAUAGGAACAUGUAUAUGGCAGUUGCGCCUGAUCCUGAUAUCAUAAUUCGUACUUCUGGAGAGACCCGCUUAAGCAAUUUUCUUUUGUGGCAGAGUUCAUAUUGCCUUCUAUAUUCACCUUCCGUGCUUUGGCCAGAGAUUGGUUUUUGGCAUUUGGUUUGGGCAGUUAUGGAUUUCCAGCGGAACUACUACUUUUUGGGAGAAAAAAAAGAAGCAAGUAUAAAUUUCUCAGGUGGAAAUCAAUUCUCAACAUCUUGACCAUAAUGCGUUCUUUUUGAGUAGUGAUUGUAUUCUGUUUUGUGGGUUAUCUUAUAGUCAAUGCCCCUGGUAUCAGGCUGGGAAUGUAAAAUUCAAUUUUUGCUGAGCUGUGAUGAUAUUUUUGAUACGUUGUAGAAGUUAAAUGUGAAUCUUUUUGGGUCAUUGAAUGAUUAGAACAAAAGUGAUGUAGGGUUUAUAGUCUUUUAUUAGCUUAGCACGUGACAGUGAGAAAGUUUGGCUUGAGCUUGGAAGGCCAUUGUAUUAGUGUUAUAAUGAAAUUUAUUUGCUCUCUCGGAUCAAUUGGUCAUUUUUUACAUGAAUGCUCUAUUGGUGUUUUGUGGAUCUAA